AUGAGCGAGCAUGCGUGGUUGGUGGGGCGACUGGAUGAGGUGCUGGAAAAACUGUUGAGGCUGCAGAAGCUGUCGCUUGAGACCUAUGAUGCGAACACGCUGUAUCCAACCGUGUCUGCUGCGCUGGAGGAGUCGCACGCCUUCUACGAUGAGCUGGAUGAACUGUCUGAGGAGGCAUUCGACCAGCUGGUCGCGGACGCUCCUGGGUUUGAGGACAAGCUGAACAAGCUCGAUACCGCGCAUGCGGAGCUUGACGGCCUUGCAGCGCGGUUGGAAGGCGAGACACAAGACACGAGCGCUGUGGACAACGCGUCCGAUCAGCAGCAACAACCACAACAGCAGCAGCAACAACAGCAACAACAACAACAACAACAACCACAUCAGCCUGCCGUGCCCCGCAUCAUCGAGCCAAGCUCCUCCGAAUGGGAUUCGAUGAGUCCCGAUCUCGCGCUCGCGUGCGAAUUCUCCGCGGAGAUUGAGACCGAUGGCGACGACAAUGUGAACAACGCAGCUGCUGGUGGCGCCUUGAUCACAGAGGUGCCAUGCGGGUGGUGUCGGCUGCCGCUGUAUCGAGAGGAUGGACGUGCCGUGACGGCGGGGACGCAUAGAGUGCAGGUCUUCCCAGGCCCGCUUCAGAUCAGCGAGAUCCGGCGCAGUCUGGGCGAAUCGGUCACACACAUCGAGAUCAAGGCGUCGAACAUCAACAAGAAGGCGCGGCUGCUGUGCGAGCGAAUGCCCCGGAACAUCAUCGUCAAGAUGUCGGCGAUGCCUGUGCUCUCACUCUACCGCGAAGUCCUCGCACACACGCACCUCGCACACACCGCACCGCAGCGCCAGAAUGCAAUGCCGCGUGUGUGCAAUCCGCUGCUGUCCGGUUUCCCACGUGUUCUCGACAAUCCCCACUUGCUCAAUCUCUUCAACAUGGUCUGGAUGGACAGCCUCAAGUUGCUGAAGAAGCAGCAGAAGAGCGAUCGCGCGUUCAUCCGCUCCUGGUUCCAGAUGAUCUUCACGCAGAAGGUGUGGCCGCUGCUGUCUGUCCAGCACGCGUCAUCCGCGUUCGCCACGCCGGCGUCCAUCGCAGCCGUCGACGACGAAGCCGUCAAGAAGACGCUGUGUGCAUUCACGCGCGGGGACUGCGUGAAACCGCUGGUGAUGGGUGUUGAGGAGCAAGAUGCAGCCGGUGGCGUGUACUUUGAACCCUUUGACACGGCCAGUGUCACGUACACGCACACCAGCGCAGCAGUGUAGCUGAGUGUGUGUGUGUGUGUGUGUGUGUGUGUGUGUGUGUGUGUGUGUGUGUGUGUGUAAGUCUGAGUGUGUGCGCGCCUGUGUCUGUGACUGUGUCUCUGUGUGCGCGUUUGUGUGUCUAUGUGCGUCUGUGCAUGAGUGCAUUCACACACACCUGGAUCAUGCCCACCCCCACCCCCCUUUCUGUUCUCCUUUCUUCUUCUUUUGUCCACACAUGACGAGGCAUGACAGCCGACAGCCCAUUGUCCAUACUUGUUUGUGUGCACGCAUGCACGCAUGCCAUUCUUGUGCUUGAUAAUGUUUACGAGCCCCUGUUUCACCGAUACGGCAA